AUUCAGAAUCACUUUUGUAAAGGUGUCCGAAGAAUAACCAUGAAGGGUUUACUCAUCGUUACCUUGGCUAUCUUCGCCGCUGGCGUGUACGCAGCUCCUGCAAUUAGUUCAGAAGAUCAAGUUCAUAAUUAUUUGGUGCGAUUUGGGUACGCAACAAAAGAAGAUCUUCAAAACAGAGCAAGUCUAACUGACGCCAUCAAAAAAUUGCAAAGAAUGGGCAAAGUUCCCGAAACUGGUGUCAUAGAUGAAGCUACCAUUGAGUUAAUCAAGAAACCUCGCUGCGGUGUGGCAGAUUAUGAAAACGGCAAACCGCGCUACAAUGCGUACAAGGGCUGGACGAAGAAACAAGUAGAGUUCUACAUUGGAACUGGAACUAGUUACCUAACUCACGAAGAAUACUCUUCCUACUUUGGUGCCGCUUUGAGACUUUGGUCCGGGCAUACCAGCGGUACUACUUUCCACCCCACUACCAAUAAAUCGGAAGCUGAUAUCAUUACCUAUUUUGGCAGUCACGAUCAUGGAGAUGGAUAUCCUUUUGAUGGACGCGGCGGUGUCUUGGCCCAUGCGUUCUUCCCCGAUGAUGGCGACGUCCAUUUCGAUGCAUCCGAAAAGUGGGAUAUCGAUGGAAUGGGCGAUUAUACUUCCUUCUACAGCGUGGCUGUCCACGAAUUGGGUCACUCCAUGGGGUUGGAACAUUCAGAAGUAGAGGAAGCUGUAAUGUACCCCUGGUAUAAGGGUGGCGGAAUAGACAAACUCCAUCAAGAUGACAUAGAUGGUAUGAAUAAGCUCUAUGCUAGCCGUUGAACCUGGACAUAUUAUAGUAAUUGUCGUAACUGCUAUCAUUGAAUAAGUAAUCAUACACUUAAUCAACGCUGCCGUUAAUAAAUAAAUGUUUAUAACGUA